AUGGAAUCACCGAACAGCACGCCAGUGCCAACCUACCAAAAGAACGUGGAAAGCAUCAAUGCUGCAGCCCAAAGCCUUCUGGAAAGGUACAGCGGUCUUUCAUCUGCAGAGGUCAUUCCACAUGUGCUGUCACUGCGGGACAAAGCCUUCAAGGUCUACCACUACCCUUGCAUCGGUCAGAUGCGCUUUCUAGCCUUCAACUUCCCCCGUAUGCCAUUCUACCAUCGAGUUUUGGAACGUUUACGAACAGAUCCAUCCACCAACUUCCUCGACGCCGGUUGCUGUUUCGGACAGGAGAUUCGUCACCUCGUAGACCAGGGCAUCCCUGGCAAGCAGCUCUUCGGGUGUGACCUCGAGCAGGUAUUUAUUGACCUCGGAUACGAACUCUUCCGAGACAAAGACCAUCUCGAAGCGACCUUUGCAACGGGUGAUCUCACCGCAGACGAUCCCGCGUUCGCAGGGAGCCCGUUAUCCCAGAACCUGUCGGGAAAGAUCGAUAUUAUCUUCGCAAGCUCUUUGUUUCACUUAUGGGACUAUGACACGCAGGUCCGGGCUGCGAUUCGUCUGGUUCAGCUGUGUCGGGACAAAACAGGCGUCAUGAUUACUGGGCGCCAGCUUGGGAGCCGGCUGGGUGGCCAUUACCCCAUACACGGCGUGGAUGAUAAAGCCCUGCACUAUCGGCAUAAUGUUGAAUCGUUGAAAGGGUUCUGGCGCGAUGUUGAAGUUGCGACCCAGACGCGGUGGAAGCUGGAGGCGAGCUUCUUUGUGGACGAUGCGGUGGAGCAAACGAAGAAAGUGGUUCCGGAUUAUGAUAGUAAUGCGAUGAUGAUAUGCUGGUGCGUGACUCGAGAGUGA